CAGCUCUGUCCACUGGGCUCCUCCAACACCAAGAAAUCCACCCACCCAGGCCACUAACCCCACCCCCUGCCCUGAACCUUAAAGGAGGCUGGAGCUGUUCAUCGAGAUUGGAGCAGAGAUCCUGCAAGAGCCCAGAGCCAAAAAAAAAAGGCCUGUGAAGGAGGGAAGACGCAAGAAGUGGCCAAUUUUUGGUAUACUCUGAAGAAAUGAUGAAUACAAUGGAGAAAGUGCUUCUGUGUGUUCUGCUGCUUUGUGGAGUAGUCUUCACUUUGCCCAGUCAGGAAAUCUACACCCGAUUCAGAAGAGGAGCUAGAUCCUACAGAGUGACAUGCAGGGAUGAAAAAACACAGAUGAUUUACCAGCAACAUGAGUCGUGGCUGCGCCCCAUGCUCAGGAACAACCGUGUAGAAUACUGCUGGUGCAAUAACAGCAGGCCGCAGUGCCACUCGGUGCCCAUCAAAAGUUGCAAUGAGCCGAGGUGCUUCAAUGGGGGGAUAUGUUGGCAGGCUCUGUAUUUCUCAGAUUUUGUCUGCCAGUGCCCUGAAGGAUUUGCUGGAAAACGCUGUGAAAUAGAUACCAGUGCCACAUGCUACAAGGACCAAGGCAUCACCUACAGGGGCAUGUGGAGCACCGUGGAAAGUGGGGCUGAGUGUGUCAACUGGAACAGCAGCGUGCUGGCCCUGAAGCGCUACAAUGGGCGGAGACCAGAUGCCAUCAAGCUGGGUCUUGGGAAUCACAACUAUUGCAGGAACCCCGAUCGAGAUUCGAAGCCCUGGUGCUAUGUCUUUAAGGCAGGGAAGUACACCUCAGAGUUCUGCAGCACACCAGCCUGCUCCAAAGAGAAAAAUGAGGACUGCUACUUUGGAAAAGGGUUAGCAUACCGUGGCACCCACAGUCUCACCACAUCUGGUGCCUCUUGCCUUCCGUGGAAUUCCAUGAUUCUGAUAGGCAAGAGUUACACAGCGUGGAAGACCAACUCCCAGGCUCUUGGCCUGGGAAAACAUAAUUAUUGCCGGAAUCCAGACGGAGAUGCCAAGCCCUGGUGCCAUGUGCUGAAGGAUCGCAAGUUGACGUGGGAAUACUGUGACAUGCCCCAGUGCUCCACCUGUGGCCUGAGACAAUACAAGCAGCCUCAGUUUCGCAUUAAAGGAGGACUCUUCACAGACAUCACUUCUCAUCCUUGGCAGGCUGCCAUCUUUGCCAAGAAUAGGAGGUCACCAGGAGAGAGGUUUUUGUGUGGAGGAGUGUUGAUCAGUUCCUGCUGGGUCCUGUCUGCUGCCCACUGCUUCCUGGAGAGGUUUCCUCCCCACCACCUUAAAGUGGUCUUGGGCAGAACAUACCGGGUGGUCCCUGGUGAAGAGGAACAGAAAUUUGAAGUAGAAAAAUACAUCAUCCAUAAGGAAUUUGAUGAUGACACUUAUGACAAUGAUAUUGCAUUGCUGCAACUGAAAUCAGACUCAGUACAGUGUGCCCAGGACAGCAACUCUGUCCGCACCAUCUGCCUCCCUGACGCCAACCUGCAGCUGGCUGACUGGACAGAAUGUGAGCUAUCUGGCUAUGGCAAGCACGAGGCAUCCUCUCCUUUCUAUUCUGAACGACUGAAGGAGGCUCAUGUCAGAUUGUACCCAUCCAGCCGCUGUACAUCACAACAUAUGUUUAAUAAAACCAUCACAAACAACAUGCUGUGUGCUGGAGACACUCGCAGUGGAGGGGACCAAGCAAACCUGCAUGAUGCUUGCCAGGGUGACUCAGGAGGCCCUUUGGUGUGUGUGAAGGACAAACGCAUGACUUUGGUUGGCAUCAUCAGUUGGGGUCUUGGUUGUGGGCAGAAGGACAUUCCCGGUGUAUAUACCAAAGUCACUAAUUACCUAGACUGGAUUCAAGAUAAUAUGAGACCAUGACCAAGAAAGCUCCUUGAAAUCAAAGGAGAUCCUGACUUCUUCCUUCAGAAGACACACUACAAAGUCCAAGUGCUUCUCUAUGCUGGUUUCUCCAUGAGUCACCACAUGCUGGCAGGGGAGGAGAAUCAUUAGGAGAGGAAAAUGUAUAUAUUUUAGUGGGUACUUCACAUUUUGGACAUUUUCAGGGGUUAAAGGCUGAUUUCAGAGUGUGUUCUGUCGGAUGAGAAGACAGCUAAAUAAAUGCCAACCCCUCCUGGAAUCCCACUGUCUAGAGAAGAGAGGUAGAACAAAAGUCCAGACUUCUAAUCAUUGGUUGUAAGAAAAUUUGGAAAUGGAGCCACAAAGAUAAAAGCAUGUCUCAAUAGUAAACAAAACUAGAUCCUGAUGGAGAAAAGGAUUGCAUUAGAAAUAGAAUGUGUAUUUAUAGUCACAAGAGCCCAACAGGGCCUCCAAAUAAGGGAUGGACUGGCCAGAUUGUUUUCCACAAAACCAUCCUUUAAAUCAUGUAUUCUUCUUUUGCCUUUUCACUCCACAGCUCUUGGGAAAUAUUCCUUUUGUGUACAGUGUAAAUCUUUUUUCUUUAUAAACUUUAUAGUUAAGUGAGAGAUUGUAUCAUUUUAAUACUUCAUGAACUAGGAUUUAGUCUAUUUAUAUCAAUCCAUUGUAAUUUUCACUUUUUUCUGUUGCCACAAUCCUGUAUUAUACUGUCCUUAAAUAAUAAAUUCAGAUAUAUUUUUCACA